CGUAGACAAGUAAACUAAACCCCCCACCACCACAAUGAGCAGCUUCACCAGCUUCUACGAGACGUGGUUUGAGCAGCUUCACCACCUCGUCCACCAGCUCUCCACUUGUCCCAGACCCCCCACAACUCCUGACCACCACCGCCAACUCCUCCACGUCGUCCAGAAAGUCAUGGCCCACUACGCCGAGUACUACCGUGUCAAGUCCCUUGCCGUGGAGCGCGACGCCCUCUCCGUCUUUGUUGCCCCCUGGGCCACCACCCUCGAGCGCUCCCUCCACUGGAUCGGCGGCUGGCGCCCCACCACUGCCUUCCACCUUGUCUACUCCGAGUCCUCCAUCCACUUUGAGGCUCACAUCGUUGACAUCCUCCGGGGCCACCGCACCGGUGACCUUGGGGACCUCACCCCCUCCCAGUUUCGCCGCGUCAGUGACCUCCAGUGCGAAACUGUGAAAGAGGAGAAUGCGAUAUCCGAUGAGUUAUCGGAGUGGCAAGACGGGGCGUGUGAGCUGAUGGGCGCAUGCACUAAUCUGGAGACGAACAUGGGAUUGUUGGUGAGUGUGUUGAAGAAGGCUGACGAACUGCGGCUGAAGACUCUGAGAAAAGUGGUGGAACUGCUGACUCCACAGCAGGCUGUGGAGUUCUUGAUUGCAGCUGCCGAGUUGCAGUUUGGUGUCCGCGGCUGGGGGUUGAAUCAGGACCGUCGGCGUGGGAAUGUCUGAAUUUCGGUUAUGUUAAUCAGACGGUGUUUUUUGAUCGUUGGCGGAAGUUAAUCGGGUACACACUGUCGUUAAUUUGUUUGCAGUCUGAAGUACUACCAACAUAGUAAGUAGGUUGUUUAACGUUGAUCUUUUCGUGUUUUGAAUCUUCCCAUCAGCACCGUUGAUCAAAUAAAGAAUUAAUCGCAUUAUCUUUCACCGUUGGAGUAGUAUAGGCUUUGAAUUGAACGUUUCGUAGAAGGAAACAAAGUAUUUUCUUCUUGUUGUGAAAAAAAGGAAAGAAAUGUCACAUAGUACUACGGUGUGAUAGGAUUCUUCUUCACUUUCGGUUUGAAUCUCGUGAAUAGCGAAUUCGAUAUCAAAUUAGGUUACCCAUUGUGUGAUUUAGCCGAAUUUUUCUUCCAUUUAAUGUAAAAAUAUCAAUGUGCUAAAAAAUAAUAAUAAUAAUAAAAAAAA